AUGGUAAAAGAUCAUAGUAAUCCUUUAUCGGUAGCAUUACCAUAUCAAUUCCAAUCACCUGAUGAUUACCCAACAGAGAUAUUAGCUACUAGAUUUCAAGCUUGGAGAGCUAUUAUCAAAGAUCUUGUUAAUUAUAUGAGAGAAUAUGCUAGUGUUCAAGAAGAGAUUGUUCGUCAACAAAUAAGAUUACAACAAGCUGUUGGGAUUUCUGCUAAAUCUAUAGCUGUGAACCAUGGUUCAAGCAAUGGUCAUAGUGGCCAUAGAGAUCAUUCCAGUAAUAACAAUUAUAAAGAAGUUGAUGUGGAUGAAAUCAAUAGAUUCUUUUUACCUAUUGGUAAUGGAUCUAUUCAAGAUUUACCCACUAUUUUAACUAAAUUUCAUCAACAAAAUGUCAACAACUCUUCCAAAACAUUAAAAGAAUUGAACAAUAUCAUCAUUCCUAAGUUGGAAGAAUUAAGAAAAGAUCUUUUGAUCAAAAUCAAAGAAAUUAAGAAUUUACAAAAUGAUUUCAAAAAUAACUUGAACAAAGAAUUGAAUGAAACUAAGAGUUUAUUAUCACAAUAUUAUCAAUCAGUUGAAUUAUCCAAUAAGUUAGAACAUGGAAAUCAUCAUUUCAAUGAUUCUAAUGAUGUGGUGAAAUUUGAUCCAUAUCUCAUUAAGAUCAAAUUAGAUCGUCAAAUAAAGAAACAAUUACAAGAAGAGAAUUAUUUAUUCCAAGCUUAUGAGAAUUUGCAACAAAGUGGUGGGAAGUUAGAAAGUAUAAUUGUCAUUGAAGUACAAAAUUAUUUAACUACUUUCUUAAACUUAUUGAAUGAAGAACAUUCAACUAUUCCUAAUUUCUUAUUACCAAAUUUGAAUAAUGGGUUCUUAUCUAAGGAACCAACGUUUGAAUGGGAUUCUUUCAUUGCUAAGAAUAUCCCAUCACCAAAUAUUGGUGUUUCUGCUUUAAAUAAUUCUUCUUCAAAUGUUAAAAAUGGAACUUUUGUCGAUUUAAAUUUUGGUUCUAGAAAAUUUACUGAUUUAGUUAUCAAUAAUUAUAACACACCUUUGAAUUUAGCUGUGAGAGAAGGAUAUUUGGAAAGAAGAUCAAAAUUCUUGAAGAAUUAUUCUCGUGGUUGGUAUGUUUUAACCUGUAACUUUAUUCAUGAAUUUAAGACCAAUGAUCGUAAGAAAGAUCAAAUUCCAAUUUUAUCCAUACCUUUAGAUAGUUGUCAAGUUAGUGAACGUUCUAAAGAUGAUGGGAAGAAUAAUGGAACUUAUAAAUUCAUUUUAACAUCUAAACUGAGUAAUGGUUUAAUGCAUAGAAAUCAAAAUUGGGUAUUUAGAGCUGAUACUUAUGAAAGUAUGAAAGAUUGGUAUGAUGAUAUCAAAACUUUAACUUCAUUACCUAACCCAUCAGCCAGAUCAAGACAUGUUAAUAAGAAAUUGAAAUUAGAAACUCAUUUGAAUCCUAACUUAGUUAGUAAAGUUUCAAGAACUUCUAGUAUGUUAUCUACUGGUACUACUAAAACUAAUAAUGUCAAUACUUUGAGAACUUAUGAUACCAAUCAAAGUAAAAAAUCAACUGCCCAAAACAGAUUAUCAUCAACAUUCUCCAGUAAGAAUCCAGGUAGUCCAAGAUUGAAUCAUUUAAUCAAUAGUGAUGGAACUAUAAUAACACCUAUUGAAUCUAAUGAUAUGACUAAACCUUUAGGUACUCCUAGAAGUCAAUCCACUUCACAAUAUAAUCAUAUGGUUGCUAAUAAUAUUCAUCAACCUACACCUCAACCUCAACCAUACAUUUUACCACAAUCGUUACCUCCACAACAACCACAACCUCAACAACAAAAUCAAACUCAACCAAUUUCAAUGGUUUUACCUCCAAACAUGAUCCCAAAUUUCCAACAAGGUUAUUACGUAAGUAAUGGUCAAGUUCAACAAUUUUACGAUCCAAAUCAACAACAAUAUUUCACCAUUCAACCUCAACAAAAUCAAGGUGGUCCUCAACCCCAAUAUUUCCCUACCAGUCCACAACCACAACCACAACCACAAUUCACCUCAUCUUCACCUAAUCCUCAACAAGGAUAUUUCUUUGUUAAUCAAAUGCAACCAUCUCAUUCUCAUGACUAUUCCUUUGGUGGUAAUUUACCUUAUCCAACCGAUGAAGCUCACCCACAAGUUCCACCUUCAGAUGUAUCUCAAGUACCUGAAAUCCCUCAAGUACCUGAAACACAAGCUCCACAAGCCUCACAAGCCCCAGCACCUGAAGUUCAAAUCUCGGAAUCUCAACCACCUGAAACUCAAGAAAAUUCCAUAGUUCCAGAAACUACUGUUGAAACUUCAGAAACUGUAGCUGAACCAAGUGAAAAAUUAGAGAAAUUGGAAAUCAAUGAUAAAGAACCCCAAUCUAACGGUACUAUUUAA